UGAAUACACAAGUUUCAGCUAGAUUUAGAACGACAUUGCUUCGUUGUGAAAAUUGUAAGACGUGCCUGAAGUGAGCUUCACGUGCAGCCACAAACCGUUCAGGCAUGGGAGCAGCAGCAGCAGCCCGAGGAACAAGAAUAUAUCCACAUCGAAAGCCUGAUUCGACGAGGAAAAAAAAAACAACAUUUGCAUCUUGUUCUCGACUUCAAGUCAGUUGAUCUCAUUGAUGAUGACCAGAUACAUGAAAACGAGCGGUCUUGGUAAUCCUGAUAGAAUUCAUGAGAUUACGUUACAAUGAGAGUGUCGAUGAAAAGCUCUCAAGCCUUUCAAGGUUCAUAACAUGACAGUAGAUCAGAUUCAAGUCGAUCGUGAAAAUCUGAUCCUCAGAGAAAGGCAGGGUCCCAGCUCUAGAGAGUUCAGGGAAAUCGACACGUGAUACGACCGACCUUCACGAUGCGUCUCAACUCAGCUGUCUUUCCCGGUGAUCUAAGGUGGCGGCAUAUGUGCCAUAAAAGGCUGCAUGGGUAUCACCUAAUGAAAUGUUGGUGAAGAGUAAUACUGUUGUAUACGCUAAGUGUUUGCUUUGCCGACUGCAAUCACUUUGGUCGAUGCAAAGUUGGCUGGUCUCUUGUCUGUACAUGUUGCCCAUGGUGGAAUUAUUGGGGCCAGCCACUGUGCCAGAUUCAAGGCCCUUGCCACUUUGCCUAAUCUACUUGUUGGCCACUUUUUCUCGUUGAUAUAUGCAGAAUCAGCGACACUGAUGUCGUUCUAUGGCCGAAAGCACGUCUGGGAGCGAGCAGAGCUUUAGAACUUGGCCUGUCCCUGAGCUUGAGAGCCUGAGCUUGAGAGCUACGAUGGUAGGAUUGCAAGCUGAUGAAGUCGAUGCACUCCAAUUUCGCAGCUGGCUCGGGAGGCAUAAUUUGGACAUUGUUGCAGCAUGUGCCGCUCUGUUGCUGACGCUCAUCGUCAGACGCUUCUUCCGAUCCGAGAGGCUGAGACUAGCGCCUGGACCCCGAAAAUGGCCUGUGAUCGGAAAUCUGCCGAGCGUGAUGGGCACCACUCCAGCGCAUCUGAAUUUUCUCAGGCUUGCUGCCGAGUAUGGACCGAUUGUGCGUUUGGAGCUCGGCGCAGUGCAGAUUUUGGUGAUCUCGUCUGCAGAGCUGGCCAAGGAGAUUCUGGAAACGCAAGACCACAUCUUCGCUUCGCGUCCGAGCAAUAUCAAGGCAGAAGUCGCUUUCUUCGGCCGCGAUUUGCUCUUCGCUCCGUUGGGUGAUCGGUUCCGCUUGAUGAGGAAAGUUCUCGCCGUCGAGCUCUUAGGCCCGAAACGAAUUCAGCAAUUUAGGGAGUCGAGGAGACAGGAAGUGCUGUACACCGUCAAUCGAAUCAUAGAAGAAGGUCAUGGCGGACGAGAGCUCAUCGUCGAGGAAUUAUUGCAGGAAUCGGCCUUCUGCGUGCUGACGCGAAUGAUUUUCAACAGAACGUUCUAUUCCACGGAGCAGUACGAGAAAGAAGAGGAGAAUCAGAUGAAGAACAUCCACAAGCUCUUUUCUGCUCUGACUGCCAUGAAAACGUCGGGCAUCGGCGAUAGCUUUCCCAGUCUGCGCAAGUUCGACUUGGACGGAUUUGAGGGCCAGCUGACGAAGAUUCGGGUCCAGCUUGACACAUGCCUCUCGAAAAUCAUCGAGCAACACCGCCACAGAGCUGCAGCUCGGGCAGAUCCGAGGGCCGAAAGCUCUGAUUUCCUCGAUGUUUUGCUCUGCCUUCAGACCGAUGCAUCCCACGAAGCUCAUGGCUUUCCAGACGACGACAUCAAGGCACUUUUGCUCGAUAUUCUGCUCGCAGGAACGGACGCAACGAGGCUGUUGGUCGUUUGGGCGAUGUGCAAUCUGAUGAAGCACCCGCACGUAAUGAAGAAAGUCCAGCAGGAAUUGGACGAUGUAGUGGGCAGGGAAAGGCUCGUGGACGAAUCAGACAUGAAGAACUUGGCGUAUCUGGGCGCAGUGGCACGAGAAACACUGCGACUGCACCCUGGCUCGCCAGUGACAGUAGCUCACGUCUGCACCAAGGACACGCAAGUGGGAGGUUAUGAUGUCCGCCAAAACACCUCAGCCUUCGUGAACCUGUACGCUCUGCACAGAGAUCCCAAAUUGUGGGACAAUCCUUUGGAAUUCAGGCCCGAGCGAUGGCUGCAUGGCGAGCUGGAUCACAAGAGAAAGGAAUUCGCUUACCUUCCCUUCGGCGCAGGCCGCAGAAUGUGUCCCGGUAUGAAUCUGGGCUCGCUCGUCGCUCACUUCACUCUGGCUCAGCUCAUGCACACCUGCAAUUUCUCGCUUCCCGUGGGCAUGAAACCUGACGACAUCAGCCUGGCAGAGAAGUUCGGUGUGGUGCUGUCGAUGGCCCAUCCCCUCAAACUGCUCGUCUCACCUCGCCUUCCUCCGACCGCUUACACAGAGCAGGCGCCAUUGCAGGCCAGAAAGCAGUGCAGCUGAGUUUACAACCUGAGCUUCAUGUGUGAGCCCCGUGACUCACUUAAGGAUGGCCGGUUGUUAAUAGAUAUUACAGCAAAAUCAAUGGACUCGUGAUAUAAUGUGCAUAUUGUGAAUUAAAAGCUGCUCGAUAAUGACGACGAAAUUAUCAUCUUUCUUUCUUCAAA